CAACUUCCCAGGCGCCCUCAUUGCCCAGCCGGACCCCAGCCCCUGAUAGGUUCCGUCUGGCCCGCUCGCCCCGUGUUCCGCCGGCCCCUGCCCAGUGCCCCCGACCCUCCGGCGCCCCGCGCUCGCUCUCUCGGUUCGCUCACACCAUGGACAAGUUUUGGGGGCGCUUUGCCUGGGGACUGUGCCUCCUGCAGCUGAGCCUGGCGCAGAUCGAUUUGAAUAUAACCUGCCGAUAUGCAGGUGUGUUCCACGUGGAGAAGAACGGUCGUUACAGCAUCUCCAGGACGGAGGCUCCUGACCUCUGCAAGGCUUUCAACAGCAGCCUGCCCACCAUGGACCAGAUGGAGAAAGCCCUGAAAGUCGGGUUUGAGACCUGCAGGUACGGGUUCAUAGAAGGGCAUGUGGUGAUCCCCCGUAUCCACCCCAACUCCAUCUGUGCGGCCAACAACACAGGGGUGUACAUCCUCACAUCCAACACCUCCCAGUAUGACACGUACUGCUUCAAUGCCUCAGCUCCACCCGAAGAAGAUUGUACAUCAGUCACACACCUGCCCAAUGCUUUUGAAGGACCAAUUACCAUAACCAUUGUCAACCGCGAUGGCACCCGCUACAGCCAGACGGGGGAAUACAGAACGAACCCUGAAGACAUCAACCCCAGCACCCCCGCUGACGAUGACGUGAGCAGUGGCUCCUCCAGCGAGAGGAGCACUUCGGGAGGCUACAUCUUCCACACCCUCCUUCCAACUGUGUACCCGACCCAGGACCAAGACAGUACCGGGGUGUCUGACAACCCAGAGAAUACCCCCAUUACCAUUACCUCAGCUAUGCACUCAAACAGCCAAGCAGCAGUUCAGGAGCAAAUGCAUUGGAUGUGGUCCUGGUUUGGUAACUCACAGCCUAAGACUCAGGAUCACACAGCAGCAGCAACAACAGCUUUGAUGAGCACUAGUGGUACAAGUCCCAAAACAGCAACCAAGAGGCGAGAAGCCCAGGAUUGGCUUUCAUGGUGGUUUCAACCAUCAGAGUCCAAGAAUCAUCUUCACACAACAACGAUAAUGACUGGUACGGAUUCAAAUAUCAUCUCAGCAGGCUGGGAACUAACUGAAGAAAAUGAAGAUGAAAGAGACAAACACCCCAGUUAUUCUGGAUCAGGCAUUGAUGAUGAUGAAGAUUUUAUCUCCAGCACCAUUCCAACCACACCACGGCUUUUUAGCCACCCAAAACAGAACCAGGAUUGGACUUCGCGGAGCCCCGGUGAAUCGAAUCCAGGAGUAUUACUGCAGACUACUACAAGGAUGACUGCCCCAGCCCAAGACGGCCAUCUAGAUCAAAGAACGACAACGCAGAGUCAAGAGGACAGCUCCUGGACGUAUUUCUUUGACCCCAUCUCACAUCCAAUGGGACGAGGUCAUCAAACAGAAAGAUGGAUGGAUAUGGACUCCAGCCAUAGUACAACACAUCAGCCUCCUGCAGAUCCAAACACACAUUUGGUGGAAGACUUGGACAGGACAGGACCUCUUUCAGUGACAGCUCAGCAGAGUCAGACUCAUAGCUUCUCUACCUCACAUGGAGGCUUGGAAGAAGAUAAAGACCAGCCAGUGACUUCUGCUCCAACAUCUAGCAGUAAGGAUGAUAGGACUGAUGGCAGAGGCGGAAGAAGAGGUGGACAUCUUCCUGAAGACUCAGCUACUUCAGUGGAAGGCUCUACUUCUCACUCACCUGCCACGGGGGAAUACAGGACCCUCAUCCCAGUGACCCCUGCCAACACGGGGUCGCCUGGAGUUACUGAAGUCAUUAUCGCUGGAGAUCCCAAUUCUAACGUUAUUCAUUUCUUUUCAGGAGACCAGGACUCAUCGGUUCACCCCAGUGGAACGUCCCAUACCACUCAUGGAUCAGAAUCAGCUGGACACUCAAGUGGGAGUCAAGAAGGUGGGGCAAACACGACCUCGGGUCCUAUGCGGAAACCUCAGAUUCCAGAAUGGCUCAUCAUCUUGGCCUCCCUCCUGGCCUUGGCUUUGAUUCUUGCCGUUUGCAUCGCUGUCAAUAGUCGAAGAAGGUGUGGGCAGAAGAAGAAGCUGGUGAUUAAUAAUGGCAAUGGAGCGGUGGGGGACAGGAAGCCAAGCGGAAUCAACGGAGAGGCCAGCAAGUCUCAGGAGAUGGUGCACUUGGUGAACAAGGAGCCCUCGGAGACCCCCGAUCAGUUUAUGACAGCUGACGAGACGCGGAACCUGCAGAACGUGGACAUGAAGAUUGGGGUGUAACACCCAUGCCGUGGUGACCUUGGAAAGAAAUAGUACUUGGAGACAUCACCUUAAGAAGGAGCUGGGACACUUCACAGAUGUGACGUGCUACUGAUUGUUUCAUUUGGGGAUUUUUUUUUAGUAUAAAAUUUUCUACUCCUUUUUGGUUUUUUGCAUUUUGUUUUUUAAAGUCAGGUCGAGUUUAUAAAAACAGCAUUGCUUUCUGAAAUAAGGACCCAACUGAUAAUCUGCAGGAAUUUGAGUGUUCCAGUUCCCACCUAGAAGCCUCCACCCCGUAGGGAGUGCUCUGGAUGGCUUCUAACAAAAGCCACAAAUACGUCUUCUUGAUCCCAGCCAUCCCUCCACUCCUCCCAGGCAGCAGCCACCUGCUAUAGAUGUCCCCCAGAGCUAAGAGGGGUUGGUCCCUGGGAGGAUAUUUGAAUCAGUCCACAUCCCCACCACCCCCCCACCGCAGCCCGUCCCUGGGCAUUUCUUUCCAGGGGCCUAGGGGUCAGAAUGUACUGGUUACAAAGCCCCUUCUACAGAACCCCUGGAAAUUUAUCAUGUGCUUCUGGGAAAUACCCAAAAGGUGAAGCUAUUUAUCUGUAGGAAGCUAUUUAUCUGUGUUUUUGAAAUAUUAAACCCUGGAGGUCCUUUGAUUAGUAUGAUUUUUUUUUUUUUUGUUACUUUGUCAGAGGCAUAAAGGGUUCAAGCUGAUUCAUAAUAAACAUCUGUACUUCUUCCACCUUAACCCUUGGUGCUGUGAUCCUUCACUUUUUUUCACCAGCCAAGUCUGGUUCCCAAAAACUCAUCAGGAAGAUAUGAGAAGGCCCUUCUCGAAAGUCUUCAUCUCGGAGCCACUAAGCCCCCAUUCCGGGUCGCUCAACCAAAUCCCAAAGAGAAUCAAGGAAGACAGCACUAUUUUAUCUCUGACUCUCCAAAGACUUUGUUCCCUCCUAGCCCCAGAACUGCGAGGGGGAGGAGCCUCAGCCGCUUUUACAUGAGAAUGGCUACCAGUUCUCCGCCCAGUAAGGCUCUGAAAAGCCACAUUACAUCGCAUGAGCUACCAUUUGUGGCGGCCCAUUUCAUAGAUGCUGACCCUGCUAAGUCAUGCCCAAAAACAUUAUGGGAGAAUCUUUUGACCUCUUGUAAUAAAAAGAGAAGCCAAUGGAAAUGAAAGAGAGCAUAGACCGUAGCCAGCCAGUUGCCACAGAUUGGGGAGGAGGGGGGCAGCUGUGUAGAUCCUGUUUGAGUGUUUUUAUGACUGUAUUUGUUUAUACUUUAACAAGCCAGCUGUCCCCUGCUACUUAGGGUAAGUUAAGUACCUGGGAAGUCCCUCAGAAGGUUACAGGGCUGCCCGCCAUUGGAGUCUCGGCAGCAGAUAGGGAGGUUUAUGACCAAAUGAGAGAAUAAUGGCUUUAUGCCUUGCUUGGCAAGUCCUCGGUCUUUAUUCCUUAGUUCAGAAGUCCCAUUGGUCCUGGAACUUCCAAAGAUGAUUUGUAAUAGAAGAAACAGAAUCUAUAAAGUAAGGACUCUUAUAAAACGAGACCUUUUCCUUAUGCCCCCACAAAAAGUCAUCUGUGCCUAAACUGAUAGGUUUGCUAAGACUGAAGAGGAAGAGAGAUAGAGGAGGAGGAAAAGAAGAAGAAGGAGGAGGAGGAGGAGAAGAAAAUGAGUCCCACAUUAGUCAGGGCUGGUCUUAUCCAUGGGGUGAUUAGGAAGGAACUAUUUUUUAAAAAGGGGCCUACUUUCUGUAGUCCUUUCCAAUUUCUGUUCUCCCCUAUCCAUCCUCAUGACCACCUCUCAAUCAUGAUCUUUGAAAACUUCCUUCUGUGAACUUCCUCAGCCAGUUCCAUAUCCAGCUGUCCGGGUUUCUCUUUAUUUUCAAGUGGAUAGAAAAGAAAAGGACAUCUAGCCCCUCCCCUUCAUGGCUGCUAUGUCCACGUGCUCCCUGCUUUCCAAGAGCUUUCCUGGUCUGCUGCAGACACCCUCACUCUGGCUCUUUAGCCACUCUAGGGUUUGUUUCAGGAGGGCUAUGCCAGGUUUGAUCUGUCCCCAGAUUCCUUUCAGGGUCGUGGAUAGUCUUACAAGUCUCACAGUUAGGGAUGGUUUUCUUUUUCUAGAGAUUUCCAAUAAACAGUCUGAGAUAGGUGAUUGUUUUCUAUUUUAUUUUAGAAUUUCAUACGAUCUUUCCUUUUAUUACUGUUGUAGUCCACACUUGGAUAUACCUCUGUGUUCUCAGACAGGAAUGAGAGAGGUCCAGAGCAUCCAGCCCUUGAAUGUAAUAUCCCUCCAAUAUUGCCCUGAGUUCAUGGAAUAGGAGGUAUUCUCUUCCAUUUGAAAUAAUGAUGUAAUUCCAGUAAGCUGAGAGUUUAAGAUGCAAUUUUUCCUACAAUUGUAAAUCUUUUGUGACUCCUGAGGGUUGUCUUUAAAUUAGCACUGCGUGAAAAAAAAGGGGGGGGGCAAGAGACUCUUUCAUAUCGAUAUUUUGUAGAUUCUGGUCUAGCAGAAUGGAAUUCUCCAGCAGAACCUCUCAGAGUUUUAUAUUGAGACCAUGAUGCCAAGAACUGAUUCCAUAGCCAGUGUUCAUUCAACACUAGUACAGCCGAGGAGUGGGAGAAAUGAACUCUGAAUUCUCUAGAAAUGUUACAUGUUGUACUUAAGAAUAAAAAUAACGUGGCCCGUUUACCUUUAUGUAAUAGGUAUGCCUUUCUAUAAAUCACUUUUGUUGAGUUUUCAAAGAAUAACGCAUUGUUCGUGCAUGUACAGUGACCAUUGUUACUUUGAUUUGUCACAGCACACCCUUCCCCUGAUUUUUGUAUACUUACUGAUGGACCAGUAGUACUGAGGAAAGCAUGAUAUGUGUAUUGCCCUGUUGAAAGUACUUAUUGGAAAAAUACCAAAAGGCUACUAUUAAAAGGCUAAAGGAAAUGGA